AGCAGCGGCUGUCACUGAGCUCCCCCGUCACCGACGCGCGCACAGAGCCGAGGGCGGAGAGAAGAGGGGAUGGCGGAAAACAGCUCCGAAACUAGCGGUUCCGUUUACCGGAGGUGUUCAGCUCACGCUGCGGGAGAGAAAAACCACUCGCCCAACGUCGGGGCGUCCAAAUGGAUCCGGCUGAACGUCGGGGGGACGUAUUUUUUAACGACGAGGCAGACGCUGUGCCGGGACCCCAAGUCGUUCCUGUACAGGCUGAGCCAGGCGGACCCCGAGCUCGACUCCGAUAAGGAUGAAACUGGUGCCUAUCUCAUAGACAGAGACCCAACAUACUUCGGACCAGUGCUCAACUACUUGAGGCAUGGCAAACUGGUGCUCAACAGGGAUUUGGCAGAAGAAGGUGUGCUAGAAGAAGCUGAAUUCUACAAUAUCACAUCAUUAAUUAAGCUCAUCAAGGACAAGAUCAGGGAACGUGACAGCAAAACAUCACAGGCUCCGGUGAAGCAUGUGUACCGGGUGUUACAGUGCCAGGAGGAGGAGCUGACCCAGAUGGUGUCCACCAUGUCGGACGGCUGGAAGUUUGAGCAGCUGGUCAGUAUAGGCUCCUCCUACAAUUAUGGAAACGAGGACCAAGCAGAGUUCCUGUGCGUCGUCUCCAAGGAGCUGCACAACCAAUCAUAUGGGACCAACAGUGAGCCCAGUGAGAAGGCCAAGAUUCUUCAGGAGAGGGGCUCGCGGAUGUGAAGAGGACUCGGUGUUUUGAUAUACAUAUCAUCUACAUGGAGGCGAGUUCAGCACAACCCAGAUCAAGGCGACGGCGUACAAGUUUUGGAGUUCUGUUUUUGUUUUUAUGAUUUCCUUGAUGUAAAUAAGUCUGUUUACGGACUUUUUCUGUGCCUGUACAGUUAAACUGGAUUUUUUUUCUUCUUUUUUUUUUAAAUUAGAUGCAAGAUUUUUUUUUUUUUUGGUCAGCUAAAAAGUGAGGAAGUGUUAUCUUCAGAAGUUUUUUUUGCUCAAAUAUGGCCAUUGUCGUACAAGGCUGAUGAUUCACUCAGGGUCUUCUAUUGAGUUCUAUCUUCUAUCCUCCAACUCAAGGGUCUUGUAAGGGAUCACGUUGGUCUUCAUAACUCAAAAGUAUCAACAACAAAACAACGUUAUUUAAAUGAACAGAGAUGUUAAGAAGGGAAUUAUGCAUACAUUUAGCACAUGUUGAGAGCAGGGCCAUUAAUGGGAAAUGCACCAAAUAACGGAGUUGACAUUAUGUCAGACAUGCUGGACGGUUUGAUUUGAUAUUUGUGAAGGUAACUGACGAAGGCUUUCCAGCCAAUCACUGUUAACAGGGCAGAACCAAGACCGGCCGCCAUUUUAUUUGUAUGUUUUUCUUCUUUAGAAAUUUAGAAUCGGUUAAAAUUUUGAAAACGAAUCCUUGAAUAUAUGCAAUCAAAUUCCUCUCAGCCGCAAAUGUUUCCGAAACCAGAUCUUCGGCAGUUUACAGGAACUUUUAUUUCAGGCCUCAGUAAUGUGGAAUUAACGGCGUUAGUAAAGCGGAACGGCUCGGAAAGCGGUUCUGUUCAGGGAUAUGUGUGUGGCUGGGGGUUUUAGAGAGACCACCUCAUGUUCGCUCAUUGCAGAUCAACAGUGAACUGUCCAAAAUCUUUUAACGAUUUCAAAACUAAACUCAAUUCUAAUGUGAAUUCUGUUUUUGGGGCCGUUUCCCUCCACCCCAAACAAAAUGCGGUCCUAGGGCCUGUGAUUUUAUUUUUUUUAUUAUUUUCAGAUGAAUCAAGCGGUCAGGAGAAAAUCGUCCUAAGAGACGCCCCCCCCCCCCAUGACCCCCAUUCCCACUAACUUGAGAUUUUCUAACCUAGUUUACUGUGUAUGUCAGAGGGAACACUUUGUUUGAUAGUUUUUGUUUUGUUUUUGUUUUUUUUCCUUUUAAGUGUGGAAAGUUUGGG